CGUCGGUUGUCUUUCCUCGCGCAAAUGGGUGACUCAUCCGCAGCGACACCUCUGAGACCGCGGUCCCUUUCAUCGGGCGAGGAGACGCCACGCCCAUUCUCUAGUCUGUCGGCAACAUCCCAGGAGAUCCUCGAAGCCUGCGAACGUUGGGCUACUGAACUACGCGCCACGAGGCGGGAUCUUCAGCAUGCCCAGGAUGAGUUGACUUCUGCAAAGGGAGUCUCUGACAUCCUGUUCAACCUGGUUGAGAAAAUGUGGGCUCUUCUCUGCGCCUGUCGCAAUGGCAACGACGAGAAACUGUCACAGAGCACUCUUGGGGUGCUGUUAGACGCUGCAAUUGGGCAUUUGGAUGUUCAAAGCCUGCGGGAGGCAUAUGAAAGACUCCGCCGCGAAAAUCAGCAGCUACGUAGCCUACUGGCGGCAGCCACGGGUCAAGCAGAGCCAUGUUGAGGCGAAGGGUGAGGGCUCGAGCAUGA